GGGGAUGGAUCUGACGCCAGCAAUUGGCCGCCUGGCAGUUGAAUGGACGAACACCCCAGCCGGCGGUGGGGCCAGGGUCAGCCCUUCUAUCAUUCUGGCUGUUUUGUGACGGUUAUUGUUUUCGUCUGGCUUGAUUGGGCUGCCUGGAGGGUGUGUUUGUUGACGAUUCGGAAGACAUUGAGUUCACUUUGUCCCUAUUUGCUGCAAAGCGACCAGUUUCCCAACGCACUGCAGGCAGCAAAAGGCAAAAAAUUGAAGCUCUCCAGCCCCAUUUUCUGGGGAGCAGGGAUGCUAGCAAACGCCAAAUGCUGCAUCGCUGCAACGUCAAGCACAACAACCCCACCCAAAAAACCAGGCUUGGCAAGAAAAUACACAUCGAUAAGGAAUUUCCGCCCGCCGAUAAACACCAAACACCAUCAUCACCAAACCCUCAGACCUCAACCUUUGCUGCGCCAUUCUGCUCGAUACGCUGCAAAGUUCGGUCUGUUUACAACAAACUCCACAAUGGCCAAACCAACAAUUUCCAAGGGCAAAAAAGGCCCAUCAAAACACUCCCGCGCCUCCCGCCGCGAAGAGCCCAUAGACAUUAACACGGACAAAUCCCUCAAAUCCGCCCUCCCACCCCCCAUCUCCACCGACCACCACCGCCCCGCCGUUCUCGCCGCCCAGCUCGCCUCCUCCGUCUCCAAACCCACCCGCAAAACCGGCCGCAAAGCCCAGCUCAGCUCCAAAGCCCGGAAGCGCCAGGAAAGAAGCAUGGACAUGGCCGAAGCCGUCAUGGAGCGCACCAUCACCAAGAUCGAAAAGAGCAAGGGCCACGCCAAGGUGAUCAACACGAGGAGGAAACCAUGGGAAGAAAUCAACAACGACGUCUUUGGCGAGAGCGAAAAGGCGAAGAAGCUGACCAAGAAGCAGCUGGAGAAGCAGAGGGAGGAUGAGAUUGUGAGGAAAUUCUUUGACGAGGGGGCGGCAGAGAAGGAUGAGGAUGGGAAUGUGGAGAUGGAGGGUGCGGCGAGUGAGGGUGAGGGUGAGGGGGUGCCAACGCCGGUGCAGGUUAUGGAGGAGGUGGAGGAGGUUUUGUAGGGUCAGAAAAAGCAAAAGCAACGGAUUGGGAUGGUGAGGCGUUACGGACAUUACAUCAAUCAUUUGUGGAUCUUCGGGCUUCUAAAAUCUCUGAGAUGUGGAAGAAAAGGAGUGUGUUUUAAAAGGGCAUGGUCGAGGCUAACAGGUUAUAAACGAGAGUAUAUAUGAGGGCCUCGAGUUGUAUGAACUCAAAAAGCCAGCAGGACAAACCGGUCGUUGACAUAGUUUUGAUACCCAAAAAGAUGAGAUGGUUUCUUCGACG